AUAUAUAUGACUUGAUUCUAGCCCUUUCUACAUCCCAAAUAAAUUAGUAGCAACCAAAAAAAAAAAAAAAUUUAUUAAUACACAAGAAUUCAUCUAUGGCAUCAAUGCUAAGCUCCGGCACUGUCCUUAGACCAACCCCAUUCCUAGGGCAAGGCAAAGGAUCCAACGGUAACGCGCUUAGAGAUGUCGUUCCUAUGGGAACCGGCAAAUUUACCAUGGGAAAUGAACUUUGGUAUGGACCAGACAGAGUAAAAUACUUGGGACCAUUUUCAGCACAAACACCUUCUUACUUAACUGGAGAGUUUCCUGGUGAUUAUGGUUGGGACACUGCUGGUCUCUCUGCUGAUCCUGAGGCUUUUGCCCGAAACAGGGCUCUUGAGGUCAUCCACGGACGUUGGGCUAUGCUUGGAGCACUAGGCUGCAUUACCCCUGAAGUCCUAGAGAAAUGGGUUAAAGUGGACUUCAAGGAGCCAGUUUGGUUCAAGGCUGGUGCCCAAAUUUUCUCUGAAGGUGGGCUUGACUACUUGGGCAACCCAAACCUAGUCCAUGCUCAAAGCAUUCUAGCCGUGCUCGGGUUCCAAGUACUCCUUAUGGGUCUUGUUGAAGGGUUCCGCAUUAAUGGGCUAGACGGAGUUGGGGAGGGCAAUGACCUAUACCCAGGUGGCCAAUAUUUUGAUCCAUUGGGCCUAGCUGAUGACCCGGUUACCUUUGCCGAGCUGAAGGUGAAGGAGAUCAAGAAUGGAAGGCUAGCUAUGUUCUCCAUGUUUGGAUUCUUUGUGCAGGCCAUUGUCACCGGAAAAGGUCCCUUGGAGAACCUUUUGGAUCACCUUGACAACCCUGUGGCAAACAAUGCCUGGGUAUAUGCCACCAAGUUUGUCCCCGGAUCAUAAGUUAGUUUGUAUAUGAUCGUUAGAUAUAUGGUGUUAAGAAGAGCUCAAAUGUCUUAACAUAAGAACAAUCUUUAGUGCACAUAUGGGGUUUAUUUAUGUUCAAUCUAGAGUUUAAACACUGAAACAAAUUUAAGUGCUAAGAAGAAUGCCAAUCCUUCUAUUACCUAAGAUGACUUCAUUAAUUGAGUACACUUUCUUGUACCUUCUCCACUCCAAAUAAUAGGUCACACGUCUAUCUGAGCUAGCCGAAAAUAAUAGGCCACUUUCUAUU